AUGUCCUCGAUUGAGUUUACGUUGUUUGCACCGACUAUCGCUGAAGCGAAACUAAUCGGUUCGUUUUCGGAAUGGAAUGAUAUUUCCAUGAAUUUCGAUCAGGGAACAUUUCGUUGUUCCAAAGAACUUGCAGAUGGUACUUAUGAAUACAAAUUUCGUAUUCGACGACAAAAUGAAGAAAAUUGGAUUGAUGUUAUUGAUCCAUACGUAACAAAAUAUGAUCCAACAAGAAAGACAGGUGUAUUGACAAUAAAAAACGGUCGGAAAAUCUUAGACGAAUACGUAUGGAAACACGACGAUGUGAAACUACCGGAGAAUAAAGAUUUGGUUAUCUAUGAAAUGUAUAUCGCAGAUUUUGCUGCCAAUGGUCAAUUUUCAGGUGUUAUUGAAAAACUUGAUUAUCUCAGCGACUUAGGUAUCAAUGCAAUUGAACUUAUGCCAGUGCAAGAGUCGAUGGAUUUGAAUCAUGAUUGGGGUUAUUCUACAAGACAUUUUCUUGCGUUAAAAGCUAGUUAUGGUCCAUCGGAAGAAUUUAAACGAUUGAUUGAUGAAUGCCAUCAACGAAAAAUUCGAGUUAUUUUCGAUGCAGUGUUCAAUCAUACUUCUACUGAUUGUCCUUUGGAAAUCAUCGAUCAUAACUAUUGGUAUUAUCAAGGAAGACACCAUCCAGAAGAUUCAUUCUAUUGGGGUCCGGAACUAAACUAUGAAUACUAUGAUGAACAACAAAAGUUGAAACCGGCGUGUAAGUUUGUCACUGAUGUGGUACGGUUUUGGAUUAGUGAAUAUCAUUUGGACGGAAUUCGCUUUGAUGCCGCUAAACAAAUGGAUAAUUAUGAUAUACUUCGUGAACUUGACAAUGUCGCAAGAUCGAUUCGAACUUCUCAACCGUUUUAUACUGCUGCUGAAUAUGUACCCGAAGCACCGGCAAUACUCAAGUCCAACGGUGGUCCUGUCGAUGCAUGCUGGUCAGCUUCAUUUCACGGUGUCAUAGCAAAUAAUCUUGUUGAUCUCUCCAAAUUGGAACUUGAUCUCUUAAAAUAUGUUAUUAGUGCAGCGGAUCUUGUCAACUAUUUAUCUUGUCAUGAUAACGAACGUUUUCUUUUCGUACUCGGUAAAAGUGGGAAUGUUUUCGACGACGCUGCUUUUACACGUAUGCGAUUAGCAAUGAUCAUCCUGAUUACAUCAGUUAGUGUACCAAUGAUAACACAAGGUGAUGAACUAGGUGAAGCGAGAGAAUGGGGAAGUGAAGGGCAAAAUACGAAAGAAUUUCCCAUGCAAUGGGAUUUAUUGAACAACGAACGGAACCGAUCUUUGCGUGAAACAUGCAAAAAAUUGUUGGAUUUACGAAAACAACGUGCGGAAAUGACGGAAAAGACGGCGAAUUUCAUCUAUGAACACUACGAUAACCGCGUUCUUGUUUAUGCUCGGAGUAAUGACUUAGUCAUAGUAACACAUUUCUCCGAUGGAGAAAAAAAUGAUUAUGAUAUUAAUAGUUUUCCUCAAAAUGGUAAAUGGAUUGACUGGUUAUCAAAUGAAGAAUACCAAAUUGAGAAUAAUACAUUGAAAAUCAAUUUAAAACCGUUCGAUGGAAAAGUUCUUCUUCUCCAAAAAUAA